UCGGCAGAGUUAUCGUUUACCGUUGCAUGUUGCAUACUUGAUGCAACGUAAACCGAGUCGUGGAAAUAAAAGAAAAUAAUAUUUAAUAGUAAUAUGGAGGAGAUGGGCAAUAAUUCAAAACGUAUGCACAAUAUAGAGAAUGUGCGUUCGUAUGAGCAGUUUUCGAAUAAAGGAAAAAAGGAUACGAUAGAUUUAAAUUGGUGGUUGGUUUUUGGAAUUAUUGUCAUAUUGACAGCAGCGACAAGAUUUUAUAAAGUUACAGAACCGCAACAUGUUUGUUGGGAUGAAACUCACUUUGGUAGAAUGGGUAGUUGGUACAUAAACAGGACGUUCUUUUUCGAUGUUCAUCCGCCGCUAGGAAAGAUGUUGAUAGCAUUAUCUGGCUAUCUGACCGGAUACGAUGGAACGUUUGCUUUCGAGAAACCAGGAGAUAAAUAUGAAAACGUUAAAUACCAUGGUAUGAGAAUUUUUUGUACAUUUUUAGGUGCGACGAUAGUUCCUUUGUCAUACCUGGUUGUAUGGGACUUGACAAAAACUAUUCAGGCAGCUGCAUUAUCCGCGCUAUUUAUUUUGUUUGACGGAGGACUGUUGACGUUAAAUCAGUACAUCCUGCUGGAUCCCAUACUGUUGUGUUUUAUAAUGUGUGCAACUUGGGGAAUGGCUCGUAUAGGUUCUCUUCGCGAUGAACCUUUCUCAUGGAAAUGGUGGGGUUGGUUAUCGUUUGCAGGAAUUUCGCUUGCGUGCACGAUGUGCGUAAAAUUUGUUGGUCUAUUUGUUGUUCUACUCGUUGGGCUUUAUUCGGCUGUUGAAUUAUGGAGGGAAUUAGGAGAUCUUACGAAACCGAUUAUAUAUGUGGGCAAACACUUUGUGGCACGAUGUAUUUGUCUCAUCUUCUUACCGAUGCUACUAUACAUGAUAUCUUUUUACGUUCAUUUUUCUGUUUUGAACAGAAGUGGAAACGGGGAUGGAUUUUAUAGUUCGGAAUUCCAAUCUCUACUAGAAGGAAACUCUUUGUAUAAUGCAACGAUGCCACGACAAUUAGCCUAUGGUGCGAGAAUCACCUUGAAAAAUCACCGUACCGGUGGAGGAUAUUUACAUUCUCACUGGCAUCUUUAUCCAGAAGGCAUUGGAGCUAGGCAACAACAAAUCACUACUUACUCUCAUAAAGAUGAUAACAAUUUAUGGUUGAUAAAGAAGUUUGAUACCAACGACAUUCCGUCUGAGCCAGAACUAGUGAAACACGGUGAUCUUGUACGAUUGGAACACGUUAUUACGCAUAGAAAUUUACAUUCGCACAAGGAGUUUGCAGCCAUGUCUAAGAAGCAUUAUCAAGUUACUGGAUAUGGUGAAGGUGGUACCGGUGAUGCUAACGAUGUAUGGAAAGUUUUGAUAGUAAAUGGCAAAGACGGCGAUGUAAUUGAAACAGUAACGAGUAAAUUAAAAUUUGUGCACUAUCUACAUCAUUGCGUUCUAACGUACAGCGGCAAAACGUUGCCCAAAUGGGCAUACAGUCAACAAGAAGUUUCGUGCAAUCCAAAUAUGAGAGAUAAAAAUGCAUUGUGGAAUAUCGAAGAUAACAAUUAUGCAAAGCUACCAAACGUCAGUUUUCAAGUAUACGCGCCAAGAUUUUUCGACAGAUUUUUGGAAUCGCAUGCUGUUAUGUUACAAGGAAAUGCAGAUUUGAAACUGAAGGAAGGAGAAGUAUCGUCGCGUCCCUGGCAAUGGCCUAUUAAUUACAGAGGCCAAUUCUUUUCUGGCAACAAUUUAAGGAUAUAUUUACUCGGUAACCCAAUUAUAUGGUGGGGCAAUAUCGUGUUUUUAAUCGUUUUCAUUGCAUUAUAUAUUAACGGUUGCGUACGGCAACAACGCGGUUGUGUAGAUCGUCAUGAUGUACUCGAACAAAGAAAGAAACUAACGAAUGCAGGAAAAUGGUUAUUUAUCGGUUGGAUAUUGCAUUAUUUACCAUUCUGGAUGAUGAGCAGAGUUUUAUAUUUUCAUCAUUAUUUCCCGGCUUUGUUGUACAGUUCAAUGUUAACUGGAAUCACCGUGAACUACAUUCUGGAAACUUUAUUAAUUUUAUUGCCAAACAAAUUUGGAUACGUCAUCUAUCAUACGACACUGGCUGUUAUCGUUUCAGGUACCGUAUACAGUUUCUAUUUGUUCUCCCCAUUGGCGUAUGGUAUGGUUGGACCUACUGCCCAAGAUCCUGAAAGUCCACUGCAUGCUUUAAAGUGGCUGGAUUCGUGGGAAUUUUAAGGAAAAUUGUUUCUUAUUGCUUGGAUAGAUUUUCAAUAUCCAAGCUCUUUACGAUACACGGGGCAUUGGUAUGGUUACAGAUCGAUACGAAUUAAAAUUAUGAAAAAUUAAAGACGAUAUAUCGAUAGAUAUAAAAUAAGAAUUAAUUUUCGAAGGAUGUACAUAUGUCGUUUGAACUGAAAUGAAUGAUGUAUUUUGUAUAGUAAUGAUGUAUGUACAUAAGGGCACAUAUUACGUCAUGUGUGAGUACGUUGGAUUUUCUACUUAUUUUUUGUCCGAAAAGUAACGUCCCCUGUCACGCAGUACUAUGAAAACAAAGUAUCAAGUUUGGAGAAUUUGGGGAAUGAAAAAUGUGACGAAAAAUGUUUUUUCUACGUUUGUAAGAAUAAUAGAAACGA